AUGAAAAAAUUUGAAGCUGAAAGUGGCAGUUUUUGUAAAUUAGCAUCAAAGCUGAUGCUUGUCAUUGGCAUUCUUGGAACAACAAUAAUGCUCAUUGCAGCCAUCAAUAUUUACUUUAUUACAACUGGGAAAGACACUGACUUGCAUUCUAUUGAAAUUGGUGAUAAACUUGACCAGAGCUCUGCACUAGUAACUGUUAAUUCACCUGCAUCAUCAUCAGUAACAUUCUCUUCAAAUGAAAAACCUUACACCAUCCUGUUUUCUGACAAUAUUCCAUUAACUGUCACAAAUUAUCUUCCACCCCAACAAAUUUUCUUGAUGUCACAGCUAUCGUCAGGUGCUGAAUACAGAGACUUCAAUUAUUUUGGGAGUAAUGAGCCUAUUUAUUUGCUCUCAGGAUCUUUAAUCACGUACGACUUAACAAUAAGUUCGAUGAAAAUGAUCAAUGCUACAUAUUUAGCUUGUCUCUAUCUUUUCGCAAACAGAACACAACACGACAACUUUAUAAUGUAUAAUAGCAGUGUGGAGUAUGAUGAUUCUUAUUGUUUUAUGUCAGCAGUCACACCAGGAGCUACAACUGCAUCACAUUCUUUCAAUAUUAUAAAAGCUGGGCAGUACUAUGUGGGUAUGGAAUUGCAGAGUGGUAUUAGUAUACAAGCAAAUGCUUCUGUUUUGCAAGUAUAUUAUAAUACUGCUGGGUUUCAACAAAUUAACUGCAGUGCAACAUUUACCUGCUCAUUUGACGUAUGCAAUACAUUUAUUUGCAAUCAAAAGGCAACCACUUAUUUUCUUGUCAAACCAUCAAACAAAAUUAUUAUUUUCUAUUUUUCUACAAGUCCACAACUAAAUGGAUCAAUAUAUGGUGGUUUUAUUACAAUUGUUGUUUUAGGGAGCUUAUGCUGCUGUUUCAACUUUAUCUGGUUCUGUUGUUUUUUUUAUUGUAGAUCUGGUAGAUUUAAUUCUACUCACAAGUAUGAUUUAUUGGAACCAGCAAGAACCAAGGAAUCAAAAAAUACAAAAGACCAAUCAUUUUCAUUAAAGUCUAACUCUGAUAAUUUUGGACCAGAACUACAUUGGCCAAAAUCUAAACUUGAAGAGUCAUUUAAUAGUACUCAUGAUGCAACAUUUGGUGGCAUUGUGCAGGCACAUUUUGACCCUCAACAUUUACCAAAUUUACCUAGAAUUGCUUUUAAAGAUCAUAAAUCUAUUCAAUCUAGUUCAACCAAAACACAACUUAAAUCUGAAACCUCUUCACAUUUAGAUCUUGUUGAUGUUGAUGCCUACCAAUCCCAUAGUACUGUAGUAGAAACAUACCAAUUGUCAGAUGCAUGUCAAUUUCAUAUACCGGUUUCUGAAAGAGAAAAACCUUCAUUUGAAAAUUAUUCAGAUGUAUUACUGCCACCUCAAACAAAUGGUGAACAAUUAAUUGGUGGUAAGCAAACUUGUAACUCAUCAUUAACAGAAAAAUUACUUAAAAAUAUAAAAAAUGCAUUUGGUGAGGUGUAUAUGCUAUCAUUAGACAGUAGUGGUCUAGUGUAUCACUGUAAUCAGUAUGGAGUGACUCUCAUUAUUCCAGAGGGAGCAGUAAAAGAGUCAACUACUGUAUGGUUUGGAGCAUGUCUGUUGAGUGACAAGUUUAAGUUUGGUGAUUAUGUACCAGUCACUCCUAUUGUAUGGGUACACAUUGACAGAAAGCUGGAUAAAAGUGCAGAACUGUACAUUCCUCAUGAUGUUAUCAUUUCCAGUGAAAGCAAUUUACAGCAGUUCGCUAUACUAACAGCUCAUGAUGACUGCUCUGAUGUAAUAAGUUUCCAAAAAAAUUAUAUGCCACAACUUCAACUUGAAUCUGGCUUCCAAAUUUUUAAAAUUUUGUCACCUCAUUUUUGUUCUAAUUGUGUUGCUGUUCAAAAUAGAGUUUACCAAGCCAUAUCCAAAAGAUAUUUAAUAGCAAGAGCUGAUAAGAAAAUUGGCAGCAGAAAACUAUUGGUCCAAUUUAUCUUUUUAUGCCAACUACAAGGCUGCAGAAAGGUUGUUGAAGAUCAGUGUGAUAAGGAAGAAUUUAGAAUUAUAUCUUGGAAACCAGUCACAUUUACGGGUGAUGGUCAAGUAUCACUAUCUUUUGAGCCACAUAUUGUCCCUGGUUGGAAAAGAGAAGAAGUUGGAAUCUCUCAAGACUAUAUUUCUGUUGAAGAUAUUGAUUAUUAUAAAAUGAUGGGUUGUGAAAAUGAUGCAGAAGUGACUGAAGAUGAACUUGAGCGGCUUAAGAUAUUAGAAGACCUUCUUUCUUAUCCUCCUCGUUUCAAGAUAGAAUUUAUAUCAGAUGCAGUAGUAGAAAAAAGUCAAAAGGUGAUAGUUCGAUUCAAUCAAGUUCACCCUCCAGUAAAAAGCACAGUCCUGUUAGAAGGUUCUAUAGACUUACCUCCUUCCCCAUCUCUAUCUGCAACUAGUAUUGAUUUAAUUUCAAAUGCAAAUGAUUCAUUACUGGGAGAUUGUCUUUGUAUUAUUGCAAGUGAAAAAGAUAUAAGAGAAAAAUGGUUUGAAUUUGGAUAUAAAUUGAAUCUUACUGUUGGUCAGCUUGAAGAAAUUGAACAGACAAGUGUUGAUCCCAUUCAACGUACUAGAAAAGUUGUAAUUCAUUGGAGGGAUCAGAAUAGAUCAGAAUCAUGGGAACCUUUUGCUGCAGCUCUUGCCAAGAUUGGGUUUAAAGAUUUAGCACAUAAAGUUAAAGAUCACUUUGAUUCUCCUCCCGCACUUGAAUCAGAACCUGAAGUUAAUAAAGAUCACUAUAAGGGAGUUUAUUGUAAUCUUUGUAAAGAAUAUCAUCUUAAACCUGAAGACAUUCAACAAGAAAUACCAAAUGUUGGCUUUCCUCCUGAUAUGGUUAAUCUGACAAACUUGGUAGCAGCUAAGAUUCCAGACCAGUUUUAUCAAUUUGGAACAGCAGUUCGUAUAAAUGAUGGUUUCUUAAAGAGCCUCUAUGAUACUUAUCAUAAUCCCAUGGAUAGAUUCAUUACAAUUUUCAAUAGAUGGAAAGACAAUGAUCCUGACACUUACACAUGGAGUACUGUCAUUAAGGUGCUUGAGUCUGAUGCUAUUGGAGCUCAUGCAGUAGCUCAAGAUGUUAAGAAGCAUCUUAUUGCUAUUGCAGAGGCGGCUGAGCAUUAGUCCUCCAAACUAAUGCAUAUACACUAAUUUUAUUAUUUUUAUUAUUGUUUCCUAUUAUGAAUUCAUUGAUUGUGUAUUUAUGUUCUACUUUUAUGUUGAUGACAUCAGCUGUUUAGAUUUGAUACAUGU